AUGAAUCGAGGUUCCACGGCUGUGUUCUUACUUGUGUUGUGUACUGUUUCGGAACAGAGACUACUCGAUUGCUAUUCUGAGGAUAAAAUUGAGUGCAAAUGCGAAUGGAAAGGAACUCACAAGAUUGUGCUGAAAAACUGCACAAGACAAGGAGGCUGGUCCUCGUGGACGGAAUGGUCCUUCUGUGGACGGCGGAAUACACAACGAAGGAGACGACGAUGCGACAGUCCAACACCAUUAGGUAAAAAUUGCGAAGGGGAGCACUUACAGUCGCAAAAGUGCAGCCAUAGCGAGCCGGUAACGAACGCUUCGCAACUGAAGCUACCAGAAUUUCUGUGGGGUUCAUGGAGCGACUGGAAUGAAUGGGGGAUCUGUUUAUGUCCAGGCAACUUACGCAAAAGAACUCGCCACUGUAUUGGUUGGGAGUGUUCUGGAUGCGGUGUCGACCAUGGAACAUGUGAACGACGCUGUGUAACUGAGCGAUGGUGGAGUGACUGGAGCGAAUGGUUCAGCGGGGCCUCCAAGGUUCGUCAUCGUUCCUGGUGUUCGCUUGGAAUUGAUGGCAGAUCUCUCGUCACAAUGACCAUCAACGAAACUCUCCCCACAACACCUUCGGUGAAGUCAGCAUGGAGCGAGUGGGAACUUCGGCCUGGUGUUGCCUUCCGCUACAGAGUUCCGGAAAAUUGGAUUUUGGACAAUGGCUCUCCCAAUAUUCAGCACCAGCUGAUAGCUUAUAAUUCAUCGACUCAUGUCUCUUUAACGUUCUGCUUGUAUUUGAGCACUGUCACGAUGAUAUCAGGCUUUGUCGCUCAGUGCUUCGUCUCUAGAAUGUUCUCCUUAUGUGCAACUAGGAAGCUAAGGUAUUGA